AUUAAUGUAAACUUGAAAUUUUAAUAUAAUUUGAAUUUAGCGCCUUUCGAAUGCAAAAAGUCGAAUACAAUGAAGUCUACAGUAUAUCGAUUUAGUAUCAGUGCUGUGUUUCGCUGGAGUUUCAGCAGACAUUCUUCAACAUGGGUUUGAAGUUUGGAAAUUUGUACAAAAUAAGAGGGAUCGUUUAUUUCCGUCUUAGCCCUCAUGAACAGAAAGCUUUCAAAGGCUUUAUAUCAGAAGGUGUUCCAAAUACUAUUAGACGCUUCCAUAGUUCGGUAUACCGUUAUUUACCAAUAUUCGCUUUCAACUAUUUGGUAUACUUAUGGGCCUUAGAAACACAUCACAAACUAAGCCGUAAAAAUCACGCUCUUUACAAGGACGAUGUUUAAACUAUUUAAAUAAUUUUAAUAUAAUUUAAUAAGUAGUGUUAUCUCUCAUCGAAGUUGUUACAAUGUAUAAUACGAUGGAAGUUGUAUGAACGCAUAUUUCAAUAAAUUAACUGAUUCAUUUGAA